GGGGGAGGGACGUGGGGGAACAGGUGUCCCCCUAAAAUAGAGCGCAAGCUGCUGCCUGUGUCCGGCCGUAACCCAGGAGUUAACGUCAGAAAGAGGUGAGAAUGACAACUUUAACUCACCGGGCCCGUCGCACUGAAGUAGGCAAGAACUCUGAAAAGAAGAUGGAAAGUGAGGAAGACACUAAUCAAGACAGGAGUCCAGACAGUGAAGACUCUGGUGACUCUAAGGAUAUUCGCCUCACCCUUAUGGAAGAAGUAUUGCUCCUGGGACUAAAAGAUAAAGAGGGUUACACAUCUUUCUGGAAUGACUGCAUAUCAUCUGGCCUGCGAGGGGGUAUCCUGAUAGAGCUGGCCAUGCGGGGUCGAAUCUAUCUGGAACCCCCCACGAUGCGUAAGAAGCGACUGCUGGACAGAAAGGUACUGCUAAAGUCAGAUAGCCCAACAGGGGAUGUUUUACUGGAUGAAACUCUCAAACACAUCAAAGCAACUGAACCCACAGAAACCGUCCAGACAUGGAUAGAGCUACUCACAGGUGAAACCUGGAACCCCUUCAAAUUACAGUACCAGCUGAGAAAUGUAAGAGAGCGAAUUGCAAAGAACCUAGUAGAAAAGGGUAUUCUAACCACUGAGAAGCAGAAUUUCCUCCUAUUUGAUAUGACUACUCAUCCAGUGACCAAUACAACAGAGAAACAACGACUAGUCAAAAAACUUCAAGAUAGUGUCCUAGAGCGGUGGGUAAAUGACCCUCAGCGUAUGGACAAGCGAACACUAGCACUCCUGGUGCUAGCCCACUCCUCUGACGUGCUAGAGAAUGUCUUCUCCUCUCUGACAGAUGACAAGUAUGAUGUGGCAAUGAAUCGAGCCAAGGAUCUAGUAGAACUGGACCCUGAAGUGGAGGGGACAAAGCACAGUGCCACAGAGAUGAUCUGGGCUGUGCUGGCAGCCUUCAAUAAAUCCUAAAGCCAGUGGGUGGGUUUCUCCUUUUCCCCUGCUGGCUGGUGACUGUCAGAGACACCACACUGAGUUUUGUGUGAUGAGAUGUUUUUCAUCAUUUUUUUCCUUCUCUUGAAUCAGAUUUGUGAUUUGGGGAGAGCAGCUUCAGGGCUUCUCCAUAAACUUUGGCCAUUGUAAACAGACUUUAUUUCUCCUUAUUUUUCCACUACAGAGGUGAAUAAACUAGGUGAACCCACACACACCCAAUUAUCAUUUUUUCUCAUUUCUUGGUUUACUUCCACCCAGUGUGCUUUUGGAUAAGCAGGAAUAUCUAAGUGGGAUUUGAAGUUCUCCAGUCAGAAAAUGUGAGUGAGAUAUAGAGCAAACCAUUUAUUAAGUUUUUAAAAAUUUUCUAUCUUUUU